CCCGGGUUUUGGCCUGUGGAGUCAGUGAGAGCGAGACGUUGUAUGAAUUUCCUUAUGGCUUAUGCUCUUUUUAUGACCCUAUUCUCAUACAUACAGAGUAUAGUCAUUGUUUACUACGCUACAGACGAUUUUCAGAAAUUCGCAAGUGCCAUCAUGAAUUGUGCGAUAUGUGCUAUGGGCCUGUACAAACUCCUAUUAUUCACUUACAACCGGCGAGUGUUCCUAGAUUUCAUUGGCUUUAUCGACAAAAAUUUUUGGCACAAAAGUUACGAUCACAUUAACGAUAAGAUUCUGCGUGAAUGUUUGAAGAAAUGUACAUUCUACGUGAUAUUCAUAGUAAUGAUAUGUCAUAUGACAUUAUUAUUAUUUUUCAUUCAGCCAUUAAUUGAUAAUCAAGGGAGGAAUGAAAGCGAUAGGGAGCUUCCUUUCGCUGUCUACACGAGUCUUCCAGUGGAGAUGACUCCUUGGUACGAGAUAAUCUUCACCGUAGAGUUUAUUUCAGUAUUUUAUAUUUGCAUUUGCUAUUUUUGUUUCGACGUUUUUCUGUACGGAGUCAAUCUCACCCUCGUCGGCGAAUUCCAAAUAUUACAAGAGGAUCUGAAAAGUGUCUGUAAUUUCGAUGAAUUAUCAGAUCCAUUAUCGAAAUAUGGUGACUGUGUUCACUCUCAGUUUACAAAAUGUGUCGAUCAACAUCAGUUGUUAAUACAUUGUGCUCAUACAUUGAAAGAACUUUACAAAAAUUGUGUUGCCAGUUUUGUAGUUAUAAUCAGUUGCUUAUUGGCCCUGGGAAUAUAUCAACUCAUGACGAUUCACAGCAAACUCCUGGCUCAGAUACAUGCCUGUAUAUAUGUGACCAAUGCUGUGGCAGAAUUAUAUUUAUUCAUCCUCACCUGUGAUAAUCUAGCGGAAGCAAGUUCAGAAGUUGCUCUAGCAGCGUAUGAAGUGCCCUGGAUCACCAUUAAAUCAGAUGUCCUCAGGGGAAAGUUGGUCAAUAAUUUGAGAUUUGUCAUUAUGAGGUCCCAAAAGGCAUCGCAGGUGACAGUAGGUGACUUUUCACCUGUAACACUCCAAACAUUUACAUCGGUAAGGAAUAAAUUACUGUUUUUAACAAUCAAUAAUCGAAAUCUCAUUGAAAAGAAGCAUGUGAUGAAGGAAUUAAUGGAAUUCACGAAUUUUCCAUUCAUCGCCAACUUUAUUGAAAAGAGUAUAAAUUUUCUCAGAACUGUAAUUUAUCUAGCUUCUCCUGCAGUCAAGAAUCAAUACGUAAUUGUGGGAGAAAAAGUACUCGGAAGUGCCUGGAAUACUCAUCAUGCGGCUAAAGUCAUGGCACAGACACCGGGCCAUUCUAUGGCAGUUAAAAUCACAGCUCUCUUCAUGAGGUGCUCAGGGAUCUGGGCAGAGGAUACAGCACUUGGGAAACGUAUUAUGAAUCUCGUUACAACUUAUUCCAUAAGUUCCCUGUUGUUUGCAUUUGCUGUUACUACUAAUGAUUUGUAUCAUUGUUUUGGCGAUUUCGGGAAAAUGGCUUACUGUGCGCUGAAUGUGUCCAUCGUGGGAAUGGGACUCUUCAAACAAAUAAUAUUCUCAAGUAAACGAAGAAUCUUUCUGGAUAUAAUUAAUUAUUCAAAAGAAAAUUUUUGGUUCCGUUCGUAUGACAAGUACGGGACCAGGGUGAUGAAGGAAUGCACCAUGAAGAGUGGAGGAAUCAUAAUAACGAUUGUUCUUCUAUGUCAUUCAACUCUUAUUUUUUACUACGUAAAACCUCUGAUCGCUAAUCAAGGAAAAAAUGAAAGUGACAGAGUUCUUCCAUUCAAAAUCUGGAUCAAUUUGCCAGUGACGAUGACACCUUGGUAUGAAAUUUUGUACGUUGUAGAGAUGAUCUCCGCGUAUCACUGCUGUGUCUGCUACUUCUGUUUUGACAAUUUCCUCUGUCAAAUAAACGUGACGCUGGUCGGACAAUUUCUGAUACUCCAAGAAGACCUCAGGAAUAUUUGCGGUCAACCUGGUGACUUAUCACUGAAUGACGAAACAUGUAUUUACAUGCGAUUCAGGCAGUGUGUUGUUAGGCACAAGGACCUGAUUAAUUUCAUAACGAUCGUCAGGGAAUUGUACAAGCACACGAUCCUUGGAAUCGUUAUUGUUCUGAGUAUUUUAAUAUGCCUGCAAUUAUUUCAACUCAUGACGACCACUGGCGAAUUGCUCUCUCAAAUCCACUCCUUUGUGUACGUUUGUAACAGUAUCGUCCAACUUUUCUUCUUUAUGUUGACCUGCAAUGAUCUCGCUGAAGCUAGUGUAGAUCUGUCUGAAGCAGCAUAUGAUGUAAAAUGGUUCUUCAUGCGAUCAACUGAUUUGAAGAGAAAAUUGGUGAAUGAUCUUAGAGUUGUUAUUAGACGUUCGCAGAAGCCGUGCCAUUUAGCAGUUGGUGGAUUCUCAUCUGUUACGUUACAAACAUUCACUUCGAUUUGUAACACAUCAUUCUCGUAUUUAACUCUGAUGAGACAAACUGGUCAACGUGACUAAUGAGGAAACGCCCAGCAAUUACCAUAGUCACUUAGCAUAGCCGUCGUUAGAACUGCGUAGGAUGUGGAUUAAGUUUACGGAAGACUUGAAAGCAGUAGUUGCAACGUCUGAGGAUUUCAUAGACAUAUCUGGUAUCUAUGAAAAAAUUCUGCCUUUUACUUCCGGGGCAGAUAUUGGAUAAAUAAUUCCGAAGUCAUUGACUUUAUUAAUUUAGUUGCAAUUGACAGUAAUCUAUCGUCGGUUUUUUUUCACACCUCCAAAGUCACAUAGAUAUACUGGAGUUGUCCAACUUUCAUUCAAUACCCUUCAUUGAUAAAAUAUGUGAGCGGAAUAAAUGGAAAAAUUCGGUAGUUGUUAUCUUGUUAGUUGUAAUAUUUCGAUAACAGGAGUAACUAUAAGAACACAAGACAGGUGUAGCCGGUAUGAUCCGCAGUUCUUCUCUACGCCAAUAUCUCCAGUGAAUGAAAAAAGAAGCAAAUGUGAAAAUGAAAAAAAUCCCCCUCAACACCUGUCAUUCACAAUUUUAUUUUCUCAGGGAACUAACUGAUAGGGAGGGAAUUUAACGUGGGAAAGCAGGGGGUGUUUCGAACAUGGAUCAUCGUCGCCUGUCAGUCAGGUGUAUCGUGCGCCUUUUUUUUCAGAUCAAUUUACACACAUAGUGUCUAUAAUUAUUCGACAAAAUUGUUUCUGAUACUUUGUAGCAGUUAAUACUCCACUGAAUGUCUUGGCCAUCAGUCUACCAUAUGUCAUUUGUAAAUCAGUAAAUUUCUUGUGCUUCUGUGGGAGUUGUGAAAAAGCAUCUCUGGGUAAAAUCUUAUCGAUAAGAAUCAUUGCAUUUUUUAUGAGAUUCGCUGGCUUCUGGACGGCCGCUACACCGAUUGGGAGGAAAAUUCUAAAAUUCGCUACUGUAUUUGCACUCAUGGCAAACCUCAUCAUGGUUUACAUUGUCCUCAUCGACAUUUAUUACUGCCACAGUCACUUCGAUGUGAGAUAUGUAAACAUCAAACUCCAAUCGAGACAUCGCAUAAGGUAUUUAGGGACACCUCGAAUGUUCGAAGGGUGAGGUGUCUUACAGACAGGUAUCAUAUGCGAAGCCUCGAUUGGACUGACUAGGUCCCAUACCACAUUUUGACAGAAAAGUUUAUGCUUAGGAAAUAGCUAAUGGAUUUCUCAACUUUUCAAUAUCCGGA